CUCAUCAGCGGCCGAGUGAAGUUGAGCCGAGCUAGCGUAAACCCACUUAGAAUAGAGCAUACUAAAGCUGCACAGCCAGAUGGUGCAUAAAUAGCCGCAGGCGUGCUCCUGUAGUGCUUUUUUCAAUCAUUGAUCGCUGCCAUGCCGCCACAGUCACCGCUCGCACUGGCUGCAGCAGCCGCUGCGGGCGCCAUGGUCGCGACGCUGCUGGCGCGACGCCGGCGGACGCCUGCGCCAUCACGCGUGCGCCACAUGGUUUUAGUAAAACUCAAGCCCGGGACGCCGUCGGAUGCCGUCGACGCGAUGCUCGCCGCGCUGCGCCGGCUGCCGGCCCGGAUCCCGACCAUUUUAAGGAUGGAGGUCGGCCGCCAGGUCGCGAGCCUCGACGACGGCCGCAACGCGUCGAUCGGCGGCCUCGUCGAGUUCGCGUCGGAGGGCGACUAUAAGGCGUAUGCGAAGCACGAAGCGCACAUAGCCGUCAUCAAGGACCACAUCCUGCCGCACAUGGUCGCGGGCGGCCGCGCUGCGCUGCAGACUGCCGUCGACGACUGGACGCCGCAGGCCUGGACGGGCCCGGCGCGGACGCGGAAUGGACGGCGGCGCGUCGCGUUCGAGAUGCGUUUUGAUAAGACGAGGCUGGCCGAGUACAAGCGGCGCCACGAGCGGGUCUGGCCCGCGAUGCAGGAGGCGCUGGUUCGGAACGGCUGGCACGAGUACUCGCUGUUCUGCGGUUCCGACGGGCGGGCCUUUGGUGUGUUCGAGAGCGAUGCGCCCUUCUCCGAGUGCUGCGAAAGGAUGGCCCGCGAGGCGGUAAACGAGCGGUGGCAGCGCGAGAUGGCUCCGUUUUCCGCGACGAAGGAGCACCCGGACGCGGCCGCGGUCGAGCUGGAGCACUACUUCUACCUCGGCACCGAUACUGUGUAAUAAUACUAGGG